UUGGCUGUAAAACAUCACAAUGAUGCAACUCCCUCUAUAAAACGGCUUCCGGGUCAGUGACCUGAUAGUAUCGCGAGUGCAGUUUGCCUCCAGUACGGGUUUUGGCUCGUCCUUGUGCUGAACACAGAACCGAUAGCGCUCCCUGUGUCCUAGUUGAAGUCUGGACAACAGUUGGACCCACUUCGGACCAAUCUCGGAGGCGAUUUGCUCAGUUAGGUCGUCCAUCGCAGCCACAGCCGGUCGGCGUGGUCGCAGUUUACGUGACGGUGAAUGUCGUCAUAGUACUCGAGACUCGAUCUUUCGAUCCCACGCCUAUACUCACCGGCGGGACCACCGCGGUCCGUGGGUCAGCACCACCGCGUAAUGGAAGCGAAAAAUGUUGUGCACCAGCCAGCCUGGGACAGAGAACGACUCGGAUGUUUAGCCAAUGUCCUCCAAGCAGAAGGAAGCAAGCUAUCUCUACCAGUUAUAAGGGAGAUUAGUGCGCUUGUUUCUACUUCUAUUCCGGUUUCAAAAGUAGUGAUACACCUGUAUCAGAGAAGAGUUGUCUCCAAUGAUGACUAUGAAGACUUGAAAAAAGAGCAACCUUCAGCAGGGAUCAAACUAAGUCAUGCCUUGGUGGCCUCGAGCAAGCGGAGCGUAGGCGAAGGCAAGAAUCUCAUCAAAAACCUCUACUUGGCACUGCUUGAUGCAUUUCUGGACACUUACGACCAAGGAUGUCACCAUGUGGCACUUCACCUUCGUGAAACUGCUAUUGACUACUUACAACGCAACCAUGUGCUCAAAGAACUCAGUGAAGAGAGCAGGACGGACAUGCAGAGUUCCAUUGAGAGGCUCCCAGAUGUGAAUUUGCAGAGCCCAGCAGCAUUUAAACUGCGUGAUCAGCUAGACCUACCCCAUGGCACAGAGGUCACUAGCCUGAAAGCCAUACUCGAGAAAUACAACAAGUCCAAAGUCAAUGUUGGACCCAACCCAGAUACCUGGCUUGUUGCUGUUGUACAGGCCAUGAUGCUGACUCAAGGAGUUGGACGCUACGUCACCUACCUGCUGCCCUUUCAUAAAUCUUACCCAGCAGAGCUUUUGAUCUUUCUAGACAGGCUGGGUGAGAAGUGGGAAUUUUUUGCUCUUUUUCUGGGUUUCACAAAUGGCGAAGUUCGCGAUAUCAGACGUCGGUCGUUUGGCAAAACGCAGCAAGAAAUCAAAAACUUCUCCAAAGUGUGGCGGAUGCCUGAUGUGGAACAGGAAACUGAAGAGAUCCUUCACCGUGUUCUAAACGCAGCUAAUAUAAUUAUUGGAGUUCCUGUUGAAGAGUCUUCACCAGCUGUUUACUCAUCAUGUCUUCACCAGAUUCCUAAUCAAGGCAGUCAGAUGGAGCAUGUGAUCAAAGUGAUCAAUGACGGGAUAACCAUCACUACCCAGGUGUCUCAUCAGAGCAGUGCGGAUAGCCCCAGGCCCAUCUCCCAACGUAGCUCUCUUAGGAGCAAUGCAAGUGAGCGCCAUCAGAGAGAACUAAGAAGCAUGCAGAGUGGUUCUAGUGAUCUAGGGGGCAGUUUUGAGAGUGACGUACCCCAUCAUACAAUCAGUCGCCAGUCGCACACAAUUAAUGAUGUGGACACUGACACCAUGAGCAAUGCACCAUAUGUGAGAGAAUCUAGUUUCUUUCAAGAGGAGGAUGAUUCCGCCAUAGCAUCAUCUUAUCCCAGUCCCACAAAGCCUGCACUGACGUCACAGCACCCACUGGCACCGAAACCAUUCCCUGGUACCUUGGGCUUGGAUUCCACCACUUCACGUCCCACAUCUUUGGAAGUAUGCCCUAUUAGCCAGCCAACAACCGCACACUCGGGGGAAAUGGUUGCCCCACUCUUAACAUCACCACAAAAGCAGCCUUUGGCUUCUGAUCAGCCCACUAUCGACUCAGCUCUACCCCAAUUUCACCCUGAUGAUGAAGUCACAAUUAAACCCAAUGGCAUUGGAAGGGGGCUGUAUGGGGAAGUUUGGAGAGUAGAGCACAAAAAUAACCCUUAUGCAGCCAAAGAAUAUCGAAGUGGGUUUAUUACUCCAGAAGAGCUGAAAGAAAAGUUUGGACAAAAAAUGCUAAGUCUCAAGCAUGAAAACGUAGUGCGGUAUUUAGGGGUUUGCCGUAUCAAGGAAACUAACCGCUCCGUUGUAAUCAUGGAAAUGCUUCCAACAAAUUUGAAAUCUAUUUGUGGAGAGCAAGCUAGAGAGAAAAUUGAACUUCUGCCAGAAACUAAGUUUUUGAUCCUUCGUCAAAUAACGGAGGGAUUGGCCUACCUUCACUUAAACGGCAUUAUCCACUGUGAUCUCAUCCCUACCAAUAUACUAAUGCUGACAAAGCCAGAGUACACUGCAAAGAUUGCAGACUGUGGCAAUGCUUUGGUGGGGCCAAUUUCAACUGUGGGUAUGGACGGCCAUCUGGAUGGAGCAAGUGUUUGUGACUACCUUCCUCCUGAAGCAUUAGAGGGCGAUAUAAGCAAUGCCCAAGUAGACGUGUUUUCGUUUGCCCACUUAUCUCUGUAUGUUAUCCUGCAACAUGAGCCCCAUCCAUUGAAAACCCCUACCUACAAGCUGGAAGGGAAACUAACACCAAGGACAGAAGUAGAACGUAGACUCAACUAUUUCAUCGAGAUGAGAACUGUGAAUUGUGGCAAGAUACCGCUGGAGCCACUUGUUCAAUGGAUUGAGCUGUGUCUCAGCGAUGAAGCAAUUAGGGGCGUGGUACAAAUGGAGUCUCUCCGUGUAGCUGAUGAAGACGAGUGGGACCUGCUACGUUUUCAAGACGUCCGCUCACUGGCGGAAAGAGGCAGGGACCUCGGCAGGGACUAUGCUCACCGAGUGGUAGUAGCCCUAUCCUCACACGUCCUGCAAUGUCAGUGUGUGCAACAGCUGCUUCCAUUUCUCGUUAAGCGGGGUGUAGUUGCCAGUAAAGUCAGUUCGCUCAUCCUUAGCCAGUCAGACAGUGAAGCUGCAACCACCCUGGAGAAGUUAUUGAAUGCUAGAUCACAUGAACCAGAAAACCAGUCCAUGGUGGAGGGUAUCUACCUGGCUCUCUUGGACUGCUAUGAGGAGUCUGGUAAUGUGUGGUGUCAUGGUGUGGCUACCAGUGAACUUCGACCUGUAGUGAGGCUGGUGUUAAAGCUACCAGAUGUCAAUUUAUAUGCAAGUCAUGCAGCCAUACUAACCGAAGAGCUUGGGCUGGGGAGCUAUGGCCCUGUCACGGAUCUCAAGAAGAUCAUCCAGAUUGCUUUCAGCACCAGAGUUUCAUUUCACAAGCUGGUGUCAGCUCUUCUCCUCACUCGAAACACUGGCCGAUACCUCAGCCUUCUGUUACCCUACUGCCACAGCAACCCGCCGUGGGUUUAUGAGGUGCUACAGACACUGGGUCAGAACUGGGUUAGACUGGCAGUCUACCUGGGCUACUCUGAGGUGGAGAUUGGUGCCAUAGUCAGAGCUGGAGGGGGAGACCCCCAUCGUCAGAUACAAAUGUUCAUGAGGGUGUGGUGGAUGCCAGACUGUGGGACUGAGGAGACAGUGGGCCUUCUCAAUCAACUUUGUCAUGGAAUACUGAAAGUUGUUAAUGAACCAAUUCGUUUGAAAGUCAGUCACUGGGAGAAUGGUGUUGCUCUGCUCAAUGCUUGUUUGGACAAUGACUGGAGAAAGGCCGAAGCUCACGUGAGGGCAGGAAGUCACUUGGGUUCUCGAAGUAAGGAUGGGAGGACUCCACUGAUGCUAGCAUGUAUCAAAGGGAAAGAGAAGAUGGUCAACCUGCUCAUUGACCAUGGGGCCGAUGUCCAAGCCAUGGAUAAGAAAGGAGAAACAUGCCUGAACUACACAGAGACUCUGAGAAAUCGGGUUGUUCUUGAGCUAAUUCUGAAAGAGUAUCAAAAACUGGGAGUAUCAGUGGAUGUGGAAUCAUUGGAAACUGGGUGUUCCCCUCUCUCUACUGCCUGCAAGUGUGGAGCCUUCGCCUCAGCUGAGCUGCUCCUGAAGUAUGGUGCCAACCCAAAUGGCUGCAAAAAUGGCCGGCAUCGUCCUCUGGUUGAAGCUAGUGCUCAGGGACACAUGGGACUAGUCAAAUCACUACUGAGACGCAGAGCAGACAUUAAUGCAACUGGCACGUCACAGAAUGGGUACACUGCUCUGCUCCAAGCGUGCACCAGCAAUCACUGGGGUGUGGCCCAGGAACUCAUGAACGAGGGAGCUGACGUCAACCAGUGUGUAGCAAGUGAUUGCACAAGUCCACUCUUUUUAGCUGUGGCAGCAAACGAAUACAAAACUGCUUCUGAACUCAUCAAGAAGGGAGCUUCUGUUGAUGCUGUUAGGGUAAGUACCAAGAGCAAAUUAUUUAUUUUUCAGGCAGUUUUUCUUUGCCUUAUUAUCAGUUCCAACCGGGGGCAGUUGAGGGUACAGUUGAAGUCACUCCACUAUCCCAAGCAGCUGGCAAAGGACUUGAUGAUAUGGUCACCCUUCUGCUCAACAAUGGAGCAAACUAUCAACUACCUCUGCUCUGAGACAAUGCCAGCAAUCGGAUUCACCAUCCUUGGUGACCACAUUGAGACAUUCCACCUGCUCUUGAAAAGCCCAAACCUUGUCAAGACACUGGCUGGGGUAGACAAAUUAGUGUUCAUCAUCAUUCUUUUUAACAUACAUAGCUACACUUUUUUCCAGCUAACACCAGCCAUUGUCACCUCUGUCAGGACAGAGAAGUUUUACUACACUGAAAAGCUACUUGAGAUUUUUGGUGGCCCAGUUGGCUCAAUGCCCCUGGAGCUCAUGGCUCCAGCCAGCAGGCAGAUGAGGCUUGGUCCAGGAGACCAGGAUAAGAUAAACGCUGUCCUGACAGACUUUUCUAGGAUAUGUGUGUCUGCCAUCCUGUAUAGCCCUGAUGUUAAAGUCACACCAGAGAGUCUGAUUGAGGUAGCCCAAGCCACUGGCAACGUGGCUGUUGCAAAGUUUUUCCGCCAAAAGCUGUCAAGUUCAAUGACGGAUGAAGAAAUGAGGCAAACAUUUCUCCUUGGUGAUCGAUUUCCACUGCGUUUCCUCAUUGAGAACAAUAUUCUAACCAUGGAAAUAUUUGUGAUUGAGGUCCUUAAGUUUCGUCCUGACGAUUGUGAAGUCUUCUACAAAAACUUAGUUUGGACCUUUAAACACGUAUAUGAGUGGAGGGCUGACCUCCCAAACAAUGUUGAUUCGAUGCUGAAACAGCUCUUCAGUGGACGAUUCACUCCCAGGACUUCCCCACAGGCUGGCACACAGAGUGGAACAGAUACAUAUCACGGAAUGAGGGAGCCGCCAAUUGAAAGACAAGUUUCCGAACCAUCCUUUGAUGCCCGUACCAGGAUGGAAAAGGGUAUGCUGGAAAACAUGAAGGAGACUCCAUUGCCAGAACACAAGACCAGUGACGACGGGAAAGGGAAUCCAACUCUGCCUGAAGAAAAGUCCGAGGGUGUCAGUAAGGCUGUGGAAAAUGUGGAGAACAAUACCAGACUGUCUCAGAGCCACACGAAUGAUCCUGCAUUCAGUUCUCAAUACCUGGUGUAUGGGCAAGAGAUACCUACUACAGACAAGGCUGUAGCCACAGUAUUGAAACCAGUUCGGGUUAGAGUAAUGAACACAGAGCUACUAGGUGGAGUUGCGUCAUACUAUUGCAAAGAGCGUUUCCUAUGUCUACCAAACUCGACACUUAACCAAACUGGGGUCAAAUUAGGCCAAGGGGCUUAUGGUGACGUAGUGGAAGUAGAAUACAAGGGGAAAUGUUAUGCAGCUAAAAAAUACAGAAUGUCAGAAGCUGUCAAUAAUCUUGGAGCUUUUAGCCGAGAGCAUGAAAUCCUUGCACGCAUCCGCCAUCCAAACAUAGUACCGUACUGCGGAAUAUGCAAACUAGCAUCCGAUAAAUCAACAGUCAUCGUGAUGGAAAGAAUGGACAAAAACUUGAUCACAUUCCUUAGAGAUGAGCUAAAAUUUGAUGAAAAAUGCAAAAUUCUGCACGAUAUUGCAAAGGGACUGCACCAUCUACACAGUCAAAAACCCGCUAUCAUCCACAGAGAUCUGACAGCUGGAAAUGUGCUACUGACCAGCAAUGGAGUUGCAAAAAUCAGUGAUUUCGGAAACUCUCGAAUGGUGGAUCUGUUCGCAACACCUGAACUCCUGACAUCAAGCCCUGGAACUCUCGACUACAUGCCUCCAGAAGCCCUGGAAGGAGGUGAAUACGACGACAAACUCGACAUUUUCUCGUACGGCCACCUCGCAAUCCACAUAAUAAUUCAACAUCGACCACACCCACUUCUACGUCCAGUUUACACUGUGGGUGGAAAGUAUGUUCCUCGUACUGAAGUUGAACGACGUCAGCGUUACUUAGGUCAAGUGAAGUCGAAAUUGGAAGGUGGAGAUCAAAACCCACUUUUUAUACUCAUAAUAAGGUGCCUCCAGAAUGAACCACACCCUAGGCCUACAUGCAAAGACAUACUGAAAGAAUAUUUCAAUGAUAAUGUGUAGUUUUUUCUUGAUAUACUUGUAACAAAAUUGGA